AUGAAUAAUAGAACACUUUGGGCGUCAAAUAAUAAUAAUCGUUCUUCUCGACAUCAAGCAACUACCGUAAGACAAGGUCCAAUUACUGGACAACAACAACAAUUAAUACAGCGAAUGAAUAAUAUUAUUUAUGAUGAUCCACAAAUGAUUUGUCGGCCGUCGAAAUAUUUAAAAACCAUACCACUAAACGUACUUUAUCGAAUCAUCUCUAUUCAAAUAAAUCAUAAGCUCAGAACGAGUCAAGAAAAAGCUUUUAUUCAAUUACGACUUUGCAUAUUCGAUGCACUAUUUUGUUAUGAUCUACAUCGAUGUAUGUGGCAAUCUUUUCUUGAUAUGGGGUCACAAUAUCAGAUAUGGCCAGAACAUGUCAUCAAGAUGGUUAUGGCAUCAGAUGAAACAUCAACGGAAAAUGAUUCAGUUGUGAAAUUUAUCCUGACAAAAAUCGAUUAUUUUCAAAAUAAACUUGAACAACAUGAAUGUGAAUUAUUACUUCAAAGUGCGUCUUUUCCGUCAACUCUCUCGUUGACUACUGUUGAUCGUGAACUAAAACACUUUGUUAGUUCACAUCAAACUGCUAUGUCAAACAAAAUUAACUCAGAUGUUACCAGGUUUAAGAAUUAUAUAAAGGAAAAACAAUUCAUAGAUACAAUGUCUUCAAAUUCUGUUACUGAUGCACAGCGAGAUAUAGUCAAUCGAAUUAAGGAUAUGAGACAAAAACAACUACAGAUCGUUGAAGAAUUAUGGAUGUUAGAAAGACGAGUAUUCUAUGGAUUUUUACCAAAAGCUUAUGAUGAAGUAGAUUAUAAAUUAGCACCCGUUAAUAGUAAUUCCAUACCUUAUGUUGGUCACACUUCUCAUGAUCUAGCGAACCAAUAUCGAACAAAAGUAAAAAAAACCAAACGUAUUAUGCUGCAAAAUGAUAUUCAACAGUACGAGUCAAAAAUUGCAGAUAUUGAAUGUCAAUUUCAACAAGAAUUAAAAAAAUUAGAAGAACAAUUUUUAAAUCAAAAUGUUAAUGGAAUAUCUUUGGUAGAUUCAUUGAAAGCUUAUACUGUUCAUCGAACUCAACAAGGUUUAGAACAAAUAACUGGAAAUAUGAAGGCGUUUCAAAUUCGUCUAUUUCGGCGUUAUCGUCGUUCUUCUACUGCGAAGAACAAAAUUGGAGUAUCACCUGAACCCAUUAUUGAUGUAUCUGAAGUUCCACUUACGGAUGCCGAAUUAGCUUAUUUAAGACGAGGUCCUGGUUAUAUUAGACCGAAUCAAACCUGGUUGUAUAGUGAUAAAGUACGAAAAGAAUUUAUUAAAGGAGAACAUGAUACAAUUACAGAGAAAAUUCUAUAUAAUCUCAGUACUCAUCAUAAAGUGGGUAGAUCAUCAGCUAUUUCUAAACAACUUUGUAAUAAAGUGAACACUUGUCUCAUUGAUCGAUAUAAGACACCAUUAUCUGUUAAAGAUCGAUUAUGUGCACGUAAUGAUUUAAAAUUAGUCAAAUCUAUUCGACGUAAAUUGAAAAAGGCAAAUCUUAUUCUUCGUAUUACCGACAAAAGUAAUGUCUUUUACAUUGGUCGAUCUAUCGAUUUUGAACAAAAAGCUGAAGCUUAUCGAACAAGGACUAAUGCAUAUAUUGAACUGACAUAUAAUCCAUUAAGAGAAAUUUUCUUAAAAGUUGUCCAUGAACUCAAUGAUCUUCGUGUAAAAAAAUUAAUUCGAGCAUGGCAACACAAGAGGAUGUUACCUGAUCGACGAAAAACAAAACUAGCACAUAUGUAUUUUGUUCCAAAAGCACACAAGAUUGGUAUACCAUUGCGACCUAUCACUUCUUCAAUUCAUGCUCCAACAACUGGAAUUUCACGUUUACUAGAUCUUCUCAUUCGACCUAUCUUCGAUGAAAAAGUCAAAUCAACAACAUUUAUUGAUGGUGUUGAUUUAAUUUGUCGCCUGAUGAAAUAUCAAGAAGAAGGUCUACUUCAACCAUCAACUAUUUUCUGUACAUUCGACAUUACUGAUUUGUAUACAAUGCUACCACAGCAAGAAUCAUUGGACAUACUGGUAAAUUUUCUUCGUCAUUUUGGUUUUGAACAAGUUGCUGGUAUUCCACUUGAUGUUAUUCGUAAAUUGGCUCAUAUUGUACUUACUGAAAAUGUUUUCGUAUAUAACAAAAAGUAUUAUAGACAAAUUCUUGGUGGUGCUAUGGGAUCACCUUUUACUUUGACAUUGGCCAAUAUAUUUAUGUGGAAUUGGGAAAAAGAAUUUGCAAAUAAGUUGAAUUCAUCAAGAGAAAUAUAUGGCCGAUAUAUUGAUGACGUAUUUUUUACAUGGAACGGUACAGUACAAGACUUCAAACACGAAUUAAAAAAAUUAAAUCAAUUACAUCCCAACAUAAAGUUAGUUCAUGAAAUGGGUAUUAAGGUUUCCUUUCUCGACGUUCUUGUUCAUAACGAUAACGGAAUUCUAUCAACAUCUGUUUACCAUAAAGAAGCAGCAGAACCCUACGUUGUACCAUUCGUGUCUGAUCAUCCACGAAGAAUUUUUAAUAAUAUUAUAGAUGCAGCCCUUGUAAGAGCUGUACGUUAUUCAUCAACAUUAACACAUUUUAAUCAUGAAAGACGAUUGAUUCGCCUAAAAUUACUCUAUAAUCGCUAUCCACCUAAAUUUAUUGAUAAACAAUUCAAAAAGUUUUUUAAUAAAUAUUCAUCUACAUGGUCAUCAUCGCAAAUACUACCGAUCAUUGACAAUGAAAAUGAAUUCUUUGCCAUUCGUCAACAAUUAUUAGUUAAACCAAGUGUUGAUCGAGAGAAACGAUCAAAGCGAAUAGCGAGAGCCAACAUGACUCCAGAAGAACGUCAACAAGAAGCUGAACGAAGAGCUGAACAAGCCAGACGUCGUCUUAUUUUCCACACAACGCAUGAAAAAAGAUUACGAAGCAUAAAACGAGAUCUCCACAAUCUCUGGUCUCAGCAUUUCGACAAUACCGAAUUAAGCGAGGUGCAACUAAUAAUUGGAGAUAAAACCAGACCAAACACAAAACGAGAGCUUCAACACACUCGGCCAGAUCCUACCUAUACAAACCUACCAACCGAUCUGAGUAAGUUUUUAUUCUAUAGAAUAAAUGAAAAUCAGGUUCAAAAUAAAAGUAUAUAUAUUCUUUAACUAUCUAGAU